AUGGGCGUGGCGGCGGCGACGGCGGCGCUGCGGGCGCACGGGUCGGUCAGUCGCGUCGCGCUUGCGGCUUGCGGGCGGUUGGUUGAUCUGUGCAAAGAGGCGCAGAACAGGCAACUUGCGGCGGACGCGGGCGCGAUCGAGGCGAUCGUGGCGGCGAUGCAGGCGCACCCGCAGGUGGCGAACUUGCAGCAGAAUGGUUGCAUGGCGAUGGCCAACGUGUGCGCCGGCCCGAACCCCCCCGCUUGCGCCGGCACCGACGCCGCAGGAAUCGCACGCAAGCAGCGCGCAGCAGACGCGGGCGGCAUCGAGUUGGUCGUGGCGGCGAUGCAGGCUCACCCGCAGGAUGCGGGCGUGCAGCAGGGUGGCUGCAUGGCGAUGGCCAACGUGUGCUCUGGCACCGACGCCGCAGGGCGGGCGCGGAGGCAGCGCGCAGCAGACGCGGGCGGCAUCGAGGUGGUUGUGGCGGCGCUGCAGGCUCACCCGCAGGAUGCGGGCGUGCAACAGGAUGGCUGCUUGGCGAUGGGCAACGUGUGCGCUGGCACCGACGCCGCAGCGUUCGCACGCAAGCAGCGCGCAGCAGACGCGGGCGGCAUCGAGGUGGCUGUGGCGGCGAUGCAGGCUCACCCGCAGGUGGCGGGUGUGCAGCGGUUUGGCUGUUUGGCGCUGGUCAACAACGUGUGCUUCAGCAGCGACGCCGCAGCGCGGGCGCGGAGGCAGCGAGCUGUGACUGCGGGCGCGACCGAGACGGCGGUAGGGGCUAUGCAGGCGCACCCGGGCGACGCAGCUGUUCAGAGGCACGGGCAGCGUUUGCGUGAUUUUCUUGCCUGA